GGUAUCCAGCUCAUUUUUAUCUCUAAACCGAGUAGUUCCAGCUAACACGGAUUAAAAUAGAUGACGUGCUAUAAAAACCUCGCUCUGAAUACUCUACUUCAUCUCUCUCUAUAUAUACACACAGAUUUCAUUCCUCGGUAUAUCGCAUAUCGCACAUAAAGCAAGCAUUCACUGCUAAUACUGUCAAUAGGUCUGAAGUCAUGGGAGUUGGAACGGCAGAAAAGCCCCUGAUCAAGAGGCGUUUGUGGAGAAUGGCGAAAGUUAUAACUUUCCUCGUUAGGAAAUGUAUGGUGAAGCGCAGGUAUUUGCACGAAGAAUUUACGAAGAUGGGAAAGCUGUUGGCAAAUAAUGUGCGGAAUAUAUUGUUUCAGGGCAGAUCGAGUGGGCCAUUUGGGCACAGAGAAUACGAAUUCUCAUGCUCCAAUACCCCUGCAUUCACAAGACCAAGGCAGCACAAUUAUUUCUCGUGCAUACGUCCCACUUCUUUUGAGGACCAGGAGGAGUACAAUAUGAGAGUAGAUAUUUUGCAGCCUUGCAGUUUUCCUGCAGUUGAAGAGUGUGAGACACACACGUACGAUUUGGGCGAGGGAGAAGAGUUGGGCACACCCGUUUCUCACUCAAGUGGCGUUAGAGUGGAUACAGAAGCGGAGGAUUUCAUUGCAAGAUUUCACAGCCAAAUUAAAUUUCAACGGCAGAUCUCUUUGUUACAGUACGAGGAGAUGCUUGCUCGAGGUGCCUGAUGCUGAUCUGUCCAAUUCGACAUAUUUUCGGCUAUAGUUGUGAUGCACAUUAGCUUAGCUGUAGGAGUAAAUAUGUUUUGAUGUGCACUUGAGCUUUUUAUUUCAUUGCCAGCGAUUUUUAACAAGAGAGUUACUCAUUGAUUGUACAUAUGUGUUCACACUAUCGCCAUAAAUCAGUCAAAUUUUGUUUCCUCCAA